AAAUCGUUAUUUAAUCUGAUUUUAUAAUGGCAUAAAAAACUAUACUUAGACUGUUAUUAAAAUAGACUAUUAGUCUAUAAUAAUUCGCAUAAAUAUCACAAAAAUUUGAAAAAAGGUUUAGUUAUGAAAGUUAUUAAGAUUGGUAUUAUUUAAUUGAAUUGAAGCAGUUUGUAUUACAGAAAAAAGUGGUUUUACAAGAUUUGAAAUAGUUUGUAUCAAACCAAGAAGUAGUUAAAAGAUUGCAAAAGAGUAAAAUGUCAUAUCACCGGGCUGUUUGGUUGGAAGAAAAUCGUGAGGAAGAAGGAGUCUUGCCAUCCGCAUGGGUGCGGGGAAAAGUAGUUAUGUGGCCCCCAUCCAAAAUGAAUGCGUUUAAAUUAAUGAAAGAAGGAGUAGAACCUAAUGAAAAUUGGCGACUUUUUAAACUAAUAAAAAUAAAAAUUACUUCAGAUUGCUACGAGGAUUGUAAUAAUUAUGAUUUAACUACAGAAACUGAAGAAGAUAAUCAGCAAGUUUCAAAAAAGCGCAAGCGUACUGCUUGUACAACUUUUUUUGAAGGCGAGGAAGAAGUUGAUGUUGAUAUUAAUACAGAAAUAAAACUAUCUACAUUUCCACAGCCACCUGCUAAAUUAGGCAAAAUGUUACCAUCAAAUAUUUCACUAUAUAAAAAGGUUGUGGAUGUGGUACCACAAGGAUAUAAAAGUGAUCAUGCAACUAAACUAUCACCAAUUCCACAGUCACCUGGUCUUUCAAGCUGUUAUUCUAAGAUACCUUCAUUCAAAUCAAGCAUGGUGAAUAUACCAAAAGAAAAUAAAAUGGAUCAAUCAACUAACCAAUCAGCACUUUCUCCUUUUCUGUUACCCCGAAAAUUUGAUUCUAAAAUACCAAUAUUCAGACAGAGAGCUGCCACAUCAAAAGACAAUGUAAUAGAUCGAUCAAUGAAACUAUCAGCAUUAAAUAGAAAGUUUCAAGCAAACAUGAUACUGAGUGAGCCAACUGCUCCUCAAGAAAAUGAAAUCGAUAAUGGGAAGUUUCAGAGAAAAGUUCUUUAUCAGUUAUCAAAUAUGGCUAACGAAAUUAAAGAUUUACGAAUAGCAGUGGAAAUGAUGGCCGUACCAAGUUUAGAGACUGUUGCUGAGGUCCAUCUAGAAGUUAUAGCUGGAGCUAUUGGGACCUUGAAUGGAUACAGAAAAUUAGAGGAGCAAUGUGGAGUUCUUGCUAAUCGAACAAUUUUACUUCGCCUUCUUCAACGAAUCGGAGGGUCAUCCAUUAAAGAUACUUCUAAGAAUCUAUUGAAAAGACUUUUUACAAAUUUUGUUAUGUCUCAUUUGAGUAUGGAUGGUAAAGGUUCUCUUAAAAAGCUUCCGUUUAGAGACUCUGCUCUGUGUCAACUUGUUGUUGAGUGUGUAUUGAAACGAUAUUCUACGUCUUCUUUGUCCGAAAUACAUUCGUGCAUUGGUUCUCAUCUUAGAAUGGCUCCGUUUCGUUUAGGUGGCACUGGGAAAGGUGGCGCCCAUUUUUCCAAUUCUCAAGAUGGAGAGGCUGGCUUGAACGAUUCAAGCAAAGAUGAUGCUUAUUGUCAUGGAAGCGAUCAUGAUAAUGAUAAAUACGAUAAUUCAUAUUAUAAUAAUUAAAAUUAGUGUAAAUAUGUUUAAGACUUGCAUUUAUGAAAAAAAAUAUCUGUAUGUUUGA